CUUUUAACCGAGAGCCAUCGUAGACACAAAAAAAAAAGCGACGCUGUCGGUCUCCCGUCCGCAGCCAGGUUCAGCGAGACGAAGCUAUCCGGGAUCGGGAAAUCACACAUUUGGAGGAAAACUUUAGCCGCUGGCUAUCCAUCGGUGGGGGGAGGAGGAAGCUAUGCUAAUGCUAGCUAGCGCCUGCUGGCUCGUACGCGGCGGCUGUCGGGGCCUGCAUGGCCGCCGCGGCGCAGCGGCUCCCAGCCGGUUUGUUUACUUCCCAGGCGCUCGGCGGCGGAGUUUAGAGACGCGCUUCCUGUGCGGCUAACGCGUUUCUGGAGCCGGCGGCGUGGCGCGCAGGCUCGGCCGACGUGCUCCGCUGUUUUUGUUUUGCCGUUUGUCGCCGCAGCGUUUCCAUAUUGACUGUAGCCAUGCGCAGUCCGCCUGCCAAAAUAAACCCGCUGUGUGCUUAUUGGUCGCACAACAUCCCCGUAUGGGACUCUCGUGUGGAUCAGAACCCUCCACAGCACCGGGCCACUGCUGCCGUCCUGCCGCCUGCCUUUCCCUGAGGAGCACUUCAUACGCGAGGGAUCGGCCUGUUUGACGCUAGAUUUCCUCUUUUCCCUCAAUGCACCCUCCUUAGCGAGGAGUCAUGAAAAAGUUCUGUGAGGCGUUUAUUGCAUGAGUAGCCUAGAUGUCACUUGACGUUCUCUCUUACCACUCGUGUAGGGAAAAGUGCCACUCUCGCUUUCCUCUCCUUUUUUUUAAAAAAAUGGAAUAACUUCAGGUUUUUGUUUGAGUGUGUGUCAAAAUCUAACAUUUAACCGGAUUUAUCGGUGCUCCUACAUAUUGUACUCCAUUAAUCCUUUAAAUAGACCUCUGCUCUGUGGCCCAGAUAGGAACUGGCUCCAGCAGCCCUGGCCCUAAAGUCAUACAGGGUUAUCAGCAGCCCUGGCCAAGAUGUGCAAUAAACUAAAAAAGCCUCAAAAGAAAUCCACGCUUUGCUGGAGUUGCAGAAUCUCGCACUGAGAAAAUGUACAUAAAUUAAGUAUUUGAUUUGUGCACAUUUGUUUGGUGGAGGGGGAAUAGGAUGGAAUAGAGUACAGUGAUACUUUAUUGUCCCGCAGUGGGGGGGGUCCGGGUGUGUCCGCAGCAGGUAAGGAAAAAAGUUUAGAAAAGAAGGGGGAAAAAAAUCAAAUCAAAAUGCUGUGCAGUCAUUAAAACUGCCAUGUUCGGAUUGAGUGGAAUGUGCAACCGGGUUAGGGUGGAUUUGGAAAGUCAACCAAAUGUUCUAAUGUUGUGGACUUUCAAACAGCAACAUCAAACGACAGCAGGAACGCAAACAGCUUGACUGUUCUGAAGUUUGACGGCUCGCUCGGAGGAAGGAUCUGCGAUAACGCGUCUUUGUUCCUUCAGGGUGCAGCGCUCUGCCGGUGAAGGAGCUCCCCGGUUCUGCAGCAGCUCCAUGCACGGGAUAGCAGCCUGCACUCCAGAAGUCCCCCGCCUCCUCAGCAGGUCUGCUUUGCUCUCCCCUCAGCCCUUUUACCCAGAGGCGUGGAACGCACACUGUCGCGAGAUGACUCCGAAGACAACAGCACGGAUCUAGAGAAAUGGAGGCGGCGCUGUGACCGUUCCCCUCCGCCGGCGAUAUGGAUGCGUGGCCACAGAGACGUGGCCUGCAGACUAUGAACCUUCGCUCGGUGUUCACGGCUGAACAGCAGAGGAUCCUGGAGCGCUACUAUGAGAACGGGAUGACCAAUCAGAGCAAGGCCUGCUUCCAGCUGAUACUGCAGUGUGCUCAAGAGGCCAAGCUGGACUUCAGCGUUGUGCGGACGUGGGUCGGCAACAAAAGGCGAAAACUGGCCUCCAAGGUUGAGCAGAACGGAAGCGCUUCUCAUUCUUUGUCCGGUCAUGGACUAGCCGGGGGGUUGCUGUCCAGUCCCACGCUGGCUGGCGGCGUGCUGUCCAAUCACGGCCUCGCCACGGGGGCGCUGCUUCCUCCUGACAUGGCUGCUGCCCGAAACAUCCAGAGCCGCGUGCAUCUCCUCCCGCCGUCCUCGUCUUUCCCCGCUCUCUCGUCGCCGUCUUCCUCCCCGUCGUCCGCCUCGCCCCUCAGCAGCGGCAGCAACAACAACAACGACGUCAUACUGACCGGCAUCUACUCCGUGAACUCCGUGCCCCGCUCACGGCCGCGACCCUCCGCCCCCCCGACUCAGCCGGACUCUGACCUCUCCAUCCGCACGUCUUCGUCUCUGAUCAGCCAGGCUUUGCAGAGCAGGAGCACGUCCACGUCCUCCCCCGUCCACUCCAAGUUGCUGACCUCCUCUCAGACUCUCCCAUCGCUAACUGCCUCAGGACCUUUAGUCUACACUGCUAUCAGGAAGGGCACUUUAUCCAUCGGGGAGGGGGGGAUAUGUGCUGGAGCAGGGCCGGUGCCCCACAGCUGGACUAGACAGUACGGCACGGGGCAAACUCGGCCUUGGUCUUCUUCUUCUUCACAGCCCCAAGCUCAGCUGCAGCCCAGACCUCACUCCAACCCUCAGCCGACUGCACCGCCAAAGCCUCGGGCCUCCCUCCCCGCCCAGAGCGCGGGCCCCUCCUCCGAACAAACGCCUCGUAUUCAGCAAGUCUUCACCCUGUCGGAAAAGGGUGACAGGGAGCGGCCGAGAUCGGGGCACGCCCCUGCUCCACGGACCCAGGAGACCUACAGGCCAACACCUCACCCUCUGGACGCCGGUCACUACCUCUCCAUUGCCAUGGAAACGGGGAACGAAGAGGACGAGUGGCUGAGGGAGGAGGAGUUGGCCAACAUGGCUGCCCAGACACACAUCCACAGGGAGCAGCCGCUGACCAGCCCGGCGGGCGCCGACGUGUCCGGGGUGAAAAGAAACCCCACCCCGCCUGUGACGGGCCCCAGGCCAGUAGUGCAUCCCAGCAACGCAUCGCUCCAGGGCAGCUACGCCCUCACAGUACAGACCUCACUUGCCGGCGAAGCCAGCUCACAGGCCUCACUUGGCGUGUCGGCUGCCCCCUGGGUAAUCAACAGCUCCAGGAAGAGAACACUGCAGGAUCGGACUCAGUUCAGCGACGGAGAUCUCGUCCAACUGAAGCGCUACUGGGACCGAGGCAUGACCAGUCUGGGCUCGGUGUGCAGAGAGAAGAUCGCCGCUGCAGCCAACCAGCUCAAUGUAGACACUGAAAUAGUCAAGACAUGGAUCAGCAACAGACGGAGGAAGUACCGUCUGAUGGCUAUUGAAAUCCCUCCCCCUAAAGGCGGGCCCGCCGUGUUCGCCAACUCAUCGCCGGGAAGCCGGUCUCCGGCGGCCGCGAGCCCCGACGGGGAGCGCCUCAGAACGCCAGAAUUUGCGGAUGACUCGAACGACGGGGGCUCUGAGUGCAUCUCUGAAGACGGAACCGUGGAUUCACAUCACAGAGACGGAGAGGAGGAAACGGAUGCAUCCGCUGCUGCUCCACUAGCCAAUAAUGUGAAGAUUGAAGUGAUCGAUGAGGAUGAAGAAGCGGACGAGGACGGGGACUUAAUGGCCUCGGACCUCGAACAAAUGCAGAACCUGCUGGAGUUCAAGCACGAGGAAGUGCAGUUCCUAGAGAACGAGCUAGAGAACCAAAAACAGAAGUACCAGGAGCUCGCAGACUUCACAAACAGCCUGCUGAGCGCCGUGAGGGACAAUGACCUGGCGAGACAGAAGGAGCUUUUGGCCAGCCUACCUCAGCCUUCCGACCAGGACUGGGACGCGCCCGCGGAGAAGAGAGCCCAGUCGGAUCCGACUCCCAACCACAAGACCCACAUGGACGCCUCGGCUCAGGACAGUAAAAGAUUCCUGCUGGUCGACGUCGACAAAGACCACUCGUCACCCGAAGUUACCGAGCCCUCUGCAUCAGAGGAGCUGCUGCAGGAAGCGGGGGCAGAACAGAAGUGACUGACUGUCCGCAGCCUUACGGCCGUUUUAACGCUCCGCUCAGAGACACGUUUUACUCCCUGAAGUGACUGUAUAGUCUGACAGUUAGGUUAAACCAGACUCCAUGCUCAGUGCCUGUGGACUGAUGCUUCACUAUGACUGUUGGGCUGAACGAUGCCUUCUUUUUUUUUUUUUUUUUUAACUGCAUAUCAUUCGCCUUGUUCUGGCCCAGUCCAGAGAGAACAAUAAAUGACCUCUAACUUAA